GGGACAGCCCCAUCCACUGAGAAACCUCUAGGCGUCUACCCCACUGUCGUCGAGUUGGCCAAUGGAGAAAAGGGUCUCGUAGUUCAGGACUACGCCUAUGGGAAAUAUUUGGGAGAGAUCCAUCUGAGGUUCGACGACGCCGGCAAGGUGACGUCAUGGUGGGGAAACCCGGUCCUGCUUAACAACAGCGUAGCCCAAGGUGAGUGCAGCCAUCAUACCCCAUGGUAAGUUCAACACUAUACCCCAAGGUUAGGGCUACACCCAUGCCCAAUGUUAUUGCAACCAUCUUACCCCAAAGUGAGUGCAGCCAUCAUACCCCAUGGUAAGUUCAACACUAUACCCCAAGGUUAGGGCUACACCCAUGCCCAAUGUUAUUGCAACCAUCUUACCCCAAAGCGAGUGCAACCAUCAUACCCCAAGGUAAUUGCCAUAAUCAAACCCAACGUAAUUGUAACCAUCAUACCCCAAUGUAAGGGCAACCAUCUUACCCCAAAGUGAGUGCAACCAUCAUACCCCAAUGUAAGGGCAACCAUCUUACCCCAAUGUAAGGGCAACCAUCUUACCCCAAUGUAAGGGCAACCAUCUUACCCCAAUGUAAGGGCAACCAUCUUACCCCAAUGUAAGGGCAACCAUCUUACCCCAAAGUGAGUGCAACCAUCAUACCCCAAUGUAAGGGCAACCAUCUUACCCCAAAGUGAGUGCAACCAUCAUACCCCAAUGUAAGGGCAACCAUCUUACCCCAAAGUGAGUGCAACCAUCAUACCCCAAUGUAAGGGCAACCAUCUUACCCCAAAGUGAGUGCAACCAUCAUACCCCUAGUUAAUUUCAGUCAUGGAAACUGUUCAUUUGACGUGUCCAGGAAUCUGGUGAGUCCGAUAUGCCGUCUAAUGGCCGACACAGCUUGGCAGCAGGGAUGUCAAAAGAGUCAGCAGUUGCUGGAACUUUCAUCGAGUACAACAUUAUACCACACACACACACACACACACACACAGGACAACGCUGUCUACACACCUUUUUUUUAUUGAGAUUUAUCUUUUGGUGUAUAAUGCAGUAGCCUUUAACGAGGACUUUAAUGACGUAGCAUUUAACCAUGGGUUUGAUGAUGUAGCAUUUAAUCAGGAAUUUGAUAAUGUAGCAUUUAAGCAGGAAUUUGAUAAUGUAGCAUUUAACCAGGAAUUUGAUAAUGUAGCAUUUAACCAGGAAUUUGAUAAUGUAGCAUUUAACCAGGAAUUUGAUGAUGUAGCAUUUAAUGAGGAAUUUGAUGAUGUAGCAUGAAGCCAGGGUUUUGUCGACGUAAGGCAGAGGAGAGUUUUAUUUGGAGACACCAAAACUAAAAAAAAAUGGGCCAAACGAUGAGCCAAUUAUUAGAAUAACGGCUCUUGUUUAACUGGAAAAACCACCAAGAUUAAUGGGGUGGGUACAAAACUAACGGGGGACUGAAUGUGAGAGUGGCCGCCUAAUGAAGACGUCUGACAUUUCAGAUCCCGAGAUCCUGGCUGUCAUAGCCAAGUACCUGCCUGAGUUGGAGAAAGCCAAAACCGAGGUCAUAGGUCACACGUACGUGAGUUUAAGCAAUGACAAGGUCAAAUGCAGGACAACCGAGUGCAAUUUAGGUGAGACAUACAUUAAUCAUACAAUAUACAUAUCUAUUUUUUUUCGACUGACAUCAAUUGAAUGUGACAUUUGUUAUGCUCCAUUUGAUUAUCAUGUAGUAAAUAUUUUACCCUGUUACGUUCCAAUCAAGUUAUGACGUCAUUGUUUCAUGUGUCCAUACUCUCUACAAAUGUAUGCAGAUUUAUUUUAUUUUGGAAAUGACAAAUUAUCCCUGCUGUGAAACACUUGAUUGAUGAAUGUGACAUCGUAUUUAUGUAAAAAUGUGACCUUGAGCUUCUAAUUAUGGAUUGGUCAUCGCAGGUAACCUAUUCGCCGACGCGUGUCUGUACUUGAAUCUUCGCCAUAACAACUCCGCCUCAUGGAGUGACGUCAGCAUGGCCAUCGCCAACGGCGGGAGUCUGAGGGCGCCGAUCAAAGUUGGUAAGAAAAAAACAACGGAUUCCAUUUUUAAAAUGGUCAAUACAACGUCCAUAAGAUGAGAAAACGUAUUUAAAAUAGGAGCAACGUGAAAAGCUUUUUGAGUUUUAAAACGUAUUAAAGAACAAGCAUGUGCCAUAUAACUACUGAAAUCUGAUUGCCUUUUUCCACAAAAUUAAUAUGGUCUUAGCAAAAACGUUUUGAAGUCUGAUAUUCGUUAAGGGCAGACUCUUGUCAAAAUACGAAUCUUCGGAUAAACUUAGAGCCUUACAUUCCCCUUUUAGUUGUUUGUUGUUUGUUGUGCUAUUCAAUAAAACUGUAUUUGUAGUUGAAUGCAGUGGCGUAGCUGUAGAGGUCUAGGGUCGACAGGGGCGGGUCGAGAGUUUCGCAGCCUCUCCCACGAAAAAGCUCUGCUGUUGGCCGAAAAGCCACCCCUCCAUAUAUAGAAUAAUGUGAUGUCCGGGGCGGAACACUUCCCCCCCCCCACAUCAUCUUAUGCCCCUAGUGAGUUGGGUGUACCAUUCAAUAAAAAGAAAAAAUCCCUUUUACAGACACCAUGGGUCCAUCGUGGAAUUUUAAGGAAAAAAAUGACCUUGACCUUGAGGGUGAUGUGUUGAUACAAUAUGCAUCGCCCCAUGUUGUUCUCACAACAAGAUUUCCAUCCAUCCCUGUGUCGCUUCAACCCGUGUAGAGGCUUUGGCCUGCCUCACAACUUCCUUUCACUCCUAUCAUUCAUCCAUCCCUGUGGCGCUACAUCCCAUGUAGGUCUUUGGCCUGCCUCACCACUUCCGUCCACUCAGACCAUUCAUCCAUCCCUGUGGCGCUACAGCCCAUGUAGGUCUUUGGCCCGCGUCACCACUUCCUUCCACUCAGACCUAGUUGAUGCUUUGCUUUCAGCCCUUACAAAUUAUGACGUUAUGGAAAAAAAUGCUCAGGUUGCCCAAUGAUCCAAUGCCCCUCCGCCCCCCCAACCCCCAAGGGAAGGGCACCAUGCGUUUCUAUCGAUCUAUUCUUUAGGUCUGUCGAGUAUUAUAUAUCUGAUGUGGUUUUGUACCGUUCUGUCCAACAGGUCCUAUCACCGUGGAAAAUGCUGUUUUUGUGGCACCGUUUAGAAACACCGUGGACAUGAUAGAAGUGACGGGACAGACGAUGUUGUCCAUGUUCGAGUUCUGCGCUGAAAAGUGGUCUGAGGAUUUUUCUGAUACUUUUGCUGGGUUCCUACAGGUGUCAGGUAUGAUAAUAAACAAGGGACAUACUAUGGCAUUUUUUAAGGGUAGACAGUACACAAGGGAAAUACUAUGACCUUGUGUUAGGAUAGACCAGUGGUCGGCAAAUCAGGGCUCGCGAGUCGCAUGCGGAUCUUUAGCAACCUGAAUGUGGUCAGCCAGUCGGCCACAAAUCGGUUUUGGCUCCGAAAACAGGGUUCUUGGCAGUGUCUUGAAAAGAAAUUUGGCUCUCAAAAUUUUUUGAUCGUCCUGCUACUGAUUUUUGGCUCUUUUGACUAAUGAGUUUACCGACCACUGGGAUAGGCAGUACACAUUGGACAUACUAUGACAUCACUUUAGGAUAGAAAGUACAUAAAAUAAAUUGUUUGUUAGAAAUAAAUCAUAUGUUUGCUGGAAAUAAAUCAUAUGUUUUUUUGUAAAAAAAUCAUGUUAUCUGUUAAAAAAUAAUGCCAACAGGAAUGCAGGUGACCUAUGACAUACGCAGACCCGUGGGUAAACGAGUUGUCGAGGUCCUAGUCACAUGCACACAGUGUGAUGUCCCUCGACUGGAGCCACUCAAGAAGGACAGUGUUUACAAAAUUCUUGCAGCUAGUUUCAUUAUAGGCGGCGGAGAUGGCUUCAGCAUGCUGCCCAGUAACAUCAUCAAAAGAUACAAUUUGGGUGAGUCUGGCACUAACCCUAUAACAGAGCAACAGUCUAGUGCAAACACUAAAACAGAGCAACAAAGUAGCACAAAAACUAUAACAGAGCAAAAAUCUAGCACAAAAAUUAUAACAGAGCAACAGUCUAGCACAAAAACUAUAACAGAGCAAAAAUCUAGCACAAAAAUUAUAACAGAGCAACAGUCUAGCACAAAAACUAUAACAGAGCAACAAUCUAGCACAAAAACUGUUACAGAGCAACAGUCUUGCACAAAAACUAUAACAGAGCAACAAUCUAGCACAAAAAAUGUAACAAAGCAACAGUCUAGCACAAAAACUAUAACAGAGCAACAAUCUAGCACAAAAAAUGUAACAAAGCAACAGUCUAGCACAAAAACUAUAACAGAGCAACAAUCUAGCACAAAAAAUGUAACAAAGCAACAGUCUAGCACAAAAACUAUAACAGAGCAAUAAUCUAGCACAAAAAAUGUAACAAAGCAACAGUCUAGCACACAAACUAUAACAGAGCAACAGUCUAGCACAAAAAUUAUAACAGAGCAACAGUCUAGCACAAAAACUAUAACAGAGCAACAAUCUAGCACAAAAACUGUUACAGAGCAACAGUCUUGCACAAAAACUAUAACAGAACCACUAUCUAGCACAAAAAAUGUAACAAAGCAACAGUCUAGCACAAAAACUAUAACAGAGCAACAAUCUAGCACAAAAAAUGUAACAAAGCAACAGUCUAGCACAAAAACUAUAACAGAGAAACAAUCUAGCACAAAAACUAUAACAGAGCAACAAUCUAGCACAAAAACUGUUACAGAGCAACAGUCUUGCACAAAAACUAUAACAGAGCAACAAUCUAGCACAAAAAAUGUAACAAAGCAACAGUCUAACACAAAAACUAUAACAGAGCCACAAUCUAGCACAAAAAAUGUAACAAAGCAACAGUCUAGCACAAAAACUAUAACAGAACCACUAUCUAUCACUAUCACUAUAACAUAGCAACAUUUUUUAGUACAUUUGUUACAUUGUUUAAGCUAAAAUCAUUACAGCCAGACACAUACAGGGGCAUACACACAGCACCCUCAUCUAACAAAUGCUAAUUCAUCUUUGAAAAAAUUUAAGUUUAUUCAAUCUAUGCUUAAAGCUUUCAUCUUGUUUUCAUAUCAGGGAGCCUAGAUACUGACAUACUGAUCAAUUACAUAAAGAAGAACAGCCCCAUAACGACCGGUCUACAAGGCAGAAUACGACACCUCAAAGAUAUUGAAGGGGGCCUUGACCUCAAAUGUCUUGGUAAUGCUGCAAGAGGCCAUCUUUCAUCGAUUGUUUUGAUUCUCGUCGCUUUGGGUUCCUGGAUUUUUAGGGAAAUGUAAACUAAAACAUUUUUAAAAUAAAAAUGUGACAUUCCGUUAAUGUAUUUGUAGAGUCGGAGUUCGUCAAUGUCUUGACCUAUGUAUGGUUUCUGUUUAAACUGUCGGAUUAUGUUACAUCAUCUUGUAUCUUGUAAUCUGAUAACAGAAGUACAUUACACCAAACGAAAUGUAUCAUUUUGUGAUUGUUAUUGUAAUGUAGCUGCACAUUCUACGACCAGUUUGUUUGCACGGCUAUCGGAAUAAAUCCAGUCUGAAUAAAGAUUUGUACUUUAUUA